AUGGAAUCGAAAAACGAUGAAGUUAUUAGAUUAUUGUGUAGUCAUAUGAAAUUAGAAAGAGAUAAGGGUGUGAUUGAAUUAGAAAAAACACUUCCGAAUCAAAAUAUUAUAGACAGACGUGAAUUUCAAAAAAUAAUAAUAAAAUUAUUAACGGAUACGGAAAAUUCGUGGGAAAACAAACAUGGCUCACUUUUGGGUGCAAAAUCAUUAAUACCUUAUUUAAAUAUUGACGAUGAUAUUGAUUGUAAUUUUAUUUUUGCCAUUAAACAAAUAACACAAAAACUUUUGACGCAUGUUGAAAUUAGAGUUAGAUUAGCCGCCGGUGAAGUUUUAGGUUGUUUAUGUAAAAAAGUUGGAGUAGAAAUUUAUCAAGAGACUAAAGAUACAAUAUUAAGGUUGAUACAAAGUAAUUUGGAAAGAACCAUACCUGAAGAUGAUUCGUCUAAAUUGGAACAAUUCGAAACUGGUAAAUUGAUUGAGAAAUUAGUCGGAGGUUCCGGGCCUGAAAGGAGAGGUACAGAUGUUGCUCAAAUAUUUCAAGAUUCUACUGGAUGGCAAAAUUUAGAAACUAGUCUCAAAGCAUUUCAAUUCAUGGUCGAGGGUUGCGGUGCUCAUUUUCAACCGUUUAUGGAUGAGGAAUUGUUUUUGUUGAUUUUCAAAACAUUGUGCCAUACAAAUCGAUUUGUUAGAGAAACUGGUUAUUAUGUUUGUUCUAGUCUUGUCAGUUGUGGAGUUGCAAAUGAAGAUUCGGAAAUGAUUGAAAAUUUGUCUUCGUUAGAUGCAUUCGGAAGUGAAUUUUAUUAUGCUACCGAUGAAUUGUGUAAAUAUUUGGGAAAAGGUUUAGCAGACAAUUGGUCUCAAGUAAGACUAUCUGCUUCUGUAGCUACUAGAAAUUUUUUAUUACCACUACCCAAUAAUGAAUCAAGGCAAUUAUUUUAUCCCAUACUAUUACCUAGAAUGUGUUUAAAUCGAUAUUAUGCCGCUGAUGGUGUGAGAAAUUAUAGUCAGGAAACAUGGAGGAGAGUUACGGGGACUGCUGGUAAAGAACUAGUCGAACAAUAUAUAGAAGCAACUCUCUCCGAUAAUCAUGCAGUUAGGGAGGCAGCCUGUGCUUGCAUAGCCGAAUUGGCUUCGAAGAUAUCCAAAGAACAUGUCAGGCCAUAUGUUAAUGAAUUGCUCAACACUUUAGUUAUUUGCUUUCAGGAUAAUAGUUGGCCUGUGCGAGAUGCUGCUUGUUUAGCUUGUGGAAAUUUUAUAUUAUGUUUUCCAAAUGAGUCGAAGCCAAUCAUGAAAUCAUUAUAUCCGUUAUUUUAUAGAAAUUUAUCUGAUUCGAUUCCUUCUGUGAGACAAGGUGCUGCUUCUUCAUUAGCAAGUGUUGUUCGUGCUUUCGGAUCUACAUCAUUGGAAAAUAUUUUGUCGCACAUACGACAAAGUUUAGAGAAUGUAAAAAAACAAGAAACAGAAUGUGAAAAUUAUUUAGAUGGUGAAAAAGAAAGUGGAAAAUUAGAUUUGGUUAAAAAAUUAAGGAAAAGUGAAACGACUUUGUAUUCGAACAAAUCGGUUUAUGGAUCUAAAUUGGGAAGAGGUAUUUGGUGUGAGAGUACUUACAAUAGAGAAACUCAACCUUGGGAAGCUGCUGACGGUUGCGUUUAUUUAAUCGGUGAGUUAACGCACAUAAAAGAAAUACAAAACGAUGUGAUAACAGUUAUGGCAUUGCUCAAAGAAGCUGGCAGAUACCGCCAUUACACUCAUCACGUCGUUUUCUUAGAGACAAUCUGUAAACAAAUACCAAUAUUUGCUAAAAAUCUUGGGAAAAAAAUUUUUAAAAAUAUAGCAGAAGAUUUUUUCGAUAUAAUUUUUUACUCAUUGGGCUGUGAAAAUGCUCUUACUUCCAGUGCUGCGAGUCAGUGUCUCAGUUACAUGGCAACAUUUUUAGGACCGAACAUUCUACGUGGAAAAGUUCAAAAUUUCAAUCCGAAUUUAAUAAAAUAUUUAGAAUCUGUCAUACAUUUAGCACCGUAUUAA